UUACUGUCAUAGUUCAUUUUUUAUUGUGAGAUAGAGACGGGUCCACAGAUCAAUCGGUCUGUCAGCCAGUGUGUGCCCAUAAGUGGACGCUGCGUUGUCGAGGGGCUCAAGAUGUCGAGCAAUAUAAUGUGCGAAUGCAUGACAGGGAGGGAAGAUCACACCUUAAGCCCUCCAACAAACAUGCUGCGCACUAUAGGAACCAUGAACCAAAUCCCAUCCUUGAUUGGUCCUCAAAUUGACCGAAUGCUUAUGUCGUCGGUGUUUGCUAAGAGAUGGCCACACAGCUCAGCGGUAACUUGGCAAUCAACAGCUGCAGCACAGAAAACAGAUGUUACUUUACCCCAACUACCUGUUCCUCCACUGCAAAGCACUCUACAAAAACUAAUUAAAACAGCAAAACCCCAUCUAUCUGCAAGUGAACUGUGUGAUACCAUUAAAAUUGUCGAAGAGUUUGGCAAAACCGGUGGUAUUGGGGAGAAGCUCCAAGCCAAACUAGAAAAGAGAGCCCAAACCAAGCAUAACUGGCUUGAGGAUUGGUGGCUUGCAUACUCCUAUCUUGGUUUUCGUAGUCCAGUUGUCGUUCACUCCAGUCCAGGUCUGGUAUUUCCUCUUCAGGACUUUAAAGAUGUAAAUGAACGGCUGGUUUAUGCUGCUCGCACUAUCGUGGGUGCCUUGAACUACAAACUACUCAUUGACAGUGGAAGGGUUCCUCAAGACAAGCAAGGCAACAAUCCAUUGGAUAUGGUGCAGUACUCCAGGAUUUUUGGUGUCAACCGUGCUCCACACAUUCCUCUGGACAAGCUAACAUUUGCGGAUCCCAAAUGCCCUCCUAAGCACAUUGUUGUUGUCCAUAAUAAUCAUUUUUUCAAGGUGCCAGUCAUUAAUGAGAGAGGCUUGCCACUGGAUGAAAAGGAAAUUCUUUUCAUGCUGAAGUAUGUUAUUGACAAUUCCAAAGUAGCUGCCCCACCAGUUGGUAUUCUCUCUAGUGCCCAUCGGGAUGAAUGGAGUAAGGCUUACAAGGAACUGUCUUGCGUGAACAAUGGAGUGAACAAGAGGUCCAUAGAGGAAAUAGAAUCUGCUUUAUUUGUUCUUGCUCUGGAUCAAAAAAAUCCUGAAAUGCCAAAAAUUAUGAAUAGGCGAACAGUUGCUGCACUUCAAAUGUUGCAUGGUUUGGGAAGUUUCUCUAACAGUGGAAACCGUUGGUUUGAUAAAACCAUACAGUUCAUUAUUGGAACUCAUGGAGAGGUUGGUCUGUGUUAUGAACAUAGCCCUGCUGAGGGCCAGCCUGUGGCAGUGAUGAUGGACUUCAUUCUGAAGCAUAUUGCAUCAUGUAAAAAUGAAUUUGUGAAGGAAGUUACCUGCCCUCGUCCUGAGCCUUUGCCAUUUGUUCUGAAUAAUGCCCUGCAGUGUCAUAUUGAAGACGCCUCACGUGAAAUUGACAGCUUGGUUGCAAAUGUGGAUAUGAAUGCCCAUUCUUUCAAGGGCUAUGGUAAAGAUUUUCCCAAGCAAAACAAAAUGAGCCCUGACAGUUACAUUCAAAUGGCAAUGCAACUUGCUUUCUUCAGGCUCCAUGGACUACCUGCUGCAACAUAUGAGACUGCCAGUACACGAAUGUUUUUAGGAGGCCGAACUGAAACAAUUAGAUCAUGCUCUGAGGAAUCAACCCACUUUUGCAAGACUAUGCUUGAUAGUUGUGCCAGUCUUGAUGACAAGUUCAAAUCCCUCAAAACAGCAGUUAAUGCUCACCGAUCCUACACUAUGGAGGCUUCUAAGGGCCAAGGCGUUGAUCGACACCUUCUCGGCCUGAAGCUCAUUGCCCAAGAGGAUGGUGUAGAAACACCUGCCCUUUACUCUGACCCAGGAGUUACCCGCAGCGCUCGCAUGAGAAUAUCGUCCAGUCAAGUGGCUGCCUCUGUUGAAGCGGUAAUGUGCUACGGACCUCUUGUCCCAGAUGGCUAUGCUUGCUGCUACAACCCAUUGCCUCAGCAAAUUAUGUUUGCUAUUUGCACCAUGAAUGAAUGCCCUGAAACAAGUGCUCAGGCAUAUGUUGAUGCUCUGGAGGCAUCACUUUUUGACAUGCAGAAGGUUGUGUCAUCAUGCAGCAGUGUUCAAUCAAAAUUGUAAAUUCAUUUACCAGUAAGUCCUGUAAAGUAUUUUGGUACUGGAAGAACUGUCCCUGGCAUGAAUAUUAUGAUACAAAUGGUUUCAGGUUUUAUUGUGUUGGUUUUAUUUUUGAUGCCUGAUUAUGUGAUGGUUUGCUGGUAUUAAUCUGUUUUUAGUGGUUUGUGUUCAGUAUUUAUUUGCUGUAUUCUUAAUUUUAAAAUGCCCACCAACUUUAUAUUUAGUCAUUCAACUGACCAUACUAUGGAGUUUCCUUAGUAGCUUGCCUUUGUAUUUUUACAAGCACAGAAAAACUGAAGACUUAAUAUUUUUUAGCCUAAUUUAAUGAGAGGCUUGGACUGUAACUCAUUUAGUGAUUAUAUUUUGUGAUGUUUACUAAUUCUUAUCUAUAUCUUUGUUACCCAAUUAUUAAUAAACUUUAAUUCUCAAAAUAGUUA